AUGACUUGCAAUCGCAGCCUCCUGCGUCGCUCCUUCACGUCCAGAGGUUUGCGCCCAGUGUGCAACUACGGCACGCAGUGCUACCGACGCAAUCCGGAGCACUUGAACGAGCAUGCUCAUCCUUGGGACGAUGACUAUCUCUUUUGCUGUGAGCACAUCGGCAAGAAGCCGGAGUUCUGCAGCAUUCGGAAGCUGUUUGAAUGGGCAGACAACGGCACUGGGCGCGCGACGCGCGAAAGGCUGCAAAGCCAUGCCUGGCCAGAAAUUCAGAGACUCGCGAAGGACGUCGGACCUUUGACCGACGAGCUUUGGAGUUCUUUGGACGAUGACGGAAACGGCUAUAUCAAUUUCGGAGAAUUCGCAGAGUUCACUACAAAGAUGCGAGUGGAUCUUCCGCUGGGCUUGGAUGACUUGCUCGGCACCACCAACGGGACGUCCGAUCUGAAGUGUGGAGUCUUUGAAUGCCCGUGCACGAAGUUUGUCAUGCAGCGGCGACGCUGCAAGUAUGGAGCUACAUGCUACCAGAAGAACGAGGAGCAUCGUUCUAGCUUCUCACACCCUGAUCAAGACGACUGGGAAACAGCAGUUGGCCCCGGCGGGAAGGAGAUGUGCCGUUGCGGGCACAAGAAAAAGCUGCAUGCAUCUGCUGCAUGUGGAGUUGCUGCGGUCCCUUAUCCUGAGUAUUGGAGUUCCAGUUCUCUUGCUGCGAGCUCUUCGGCUCCUGAUAGCGGCCUCAUGCGGCAGGACGAGUUUUGUGUGCUCCCGGAGGUGUCAGUUGACAUGACCGCGCGGCUGAAGCAACUCGUGGAUGCCACGUACUCGGAUGUCACCACGCGUGACCGCCAACGCCAUUCUGGGAGUUGGAUGGUGCCCCGUGGCUUCGAGGUUGUGUCUGCCCUGCGCAACGAGAACAGCAAGCUUUGGCGCAAGUAUUGCGUGAAGAAAGCGGAGCUCCAACAGGAAAAGAAGACUGCAGCUGAUUGCGGCUUUGAAUGGCAGGUGUUCAGUGAUGUGCUGACAACCAGGUUCUGGGCUGCUUAUGGUGAUCGACUCGAUGCUGAGAUUAAUGAGUGGUACCUUUGGCAUGGGACAAGCAACUCUGCCGCCCACAACAUCUGCAGGUCAGACUUCAAGAUGAGACUUGCCGGCAGCGCCACCGGCACCUUGUACGGUCGUGGUUCAUACCUGGCUGAGUCCAUCACCAAGGCUGAUGAGUACUCCAGGGAAGAAGACGGCCUUUACACUGUUCUGUUGUGCCGUGUACUUGGAGGGCGUGUGAGGUACACUGACGAAAGGACUCCGGAUCCGGACGCCUUGACACGUGAAUGUACCCAGGGGGACUAUGACUGCAUCCUGGGCGAUCGCAUCAAGAUUUCCGGCACAUACCGUGAGUUCAUUGUGUUUGACACGGAGAACGUGUAUCCCGAGUACAUCGUCAGAUACAAGCGUGGAGAAUUGUUCAAAUCUCCAUCACAUCCGUGA